GAAGGUGUGGCGUAGGGCGUUGGCGCAGUGAGUAUUUGCAGUUGAGUUUUUCCGUUCAAAUUUCAAAAACUUGGCCUUUAAUUUGUCUCUUUGGCAACUAUUCAUGCAUAAUAAUAAACUUGUUCAAUUCUCUCUUCCGGCGAAUCUUUAAUUUGUUGAUCUUCUCUGCAAUGGCGAUCGCGGCCGCAGUCAUUCUUCCUCUCGGUGUACUCUUCCUCCUCUUUGGUCUUGUUGUCAACUUCAUUCAGGCUGUUGUCUUUGUCCUAGUUCGUCCAAUUUCGAAGAACUUAUAUAGAAGGAUAAACAAAGAAGUUGUAGAAAUAUUGUGGUUGCAGCCUGUAUGGCUAUUCGACUGGUGGGCAAAUAUUAAGAUUCAGCUGUACAUAGACCCAGAAACUUAUAAAUUAAUGGGUAAAGAGCAUGCACUUUUUAUUUCUAACCACAAAAGUGAUAUUGAUUGGCUUGUCGGAUGGGUCCUAGCUCAGCGAGCAGGUUGCCUUGGUUAUGCGCUAGCUGUCAUCAAGAAAACUUUAUCAUAUAUACCAGUUUUGGGAUGGUCAAUGUGGUUUUCUAGUUAUAUUAUUCUUGAAAGGCGCUGGGCUAAGGAUGAGAGCACAUUGAAGGCAGGUUUCCACGAGCUAAAUAAUUUUCCUCGACCAUUUUGGUUGGCUCUUUUUCCAGAAGGGACUCGCUUUACGCAGGCAAAGCUUCAAGCAGCCCAAGAAUAUGCGGCAUCGGCUGGAUUGCAUGUCCCAAAGAACGUGCUGAUUCCCCGAACUAAGGGUUUCGUUUUGGCAGUUAAUCAGUUGCGCUCAUUUGUUCCUGCAAUUUAUAAUAUGACAGUGGCCAUACCAAAAACAGAGCCGCCGCCUACAAUGUUAAGAAUGCUUAGAGGGCAUUCUUCUGUGGUGCAUGUUCACAUCGAGCGCUAUCCGAUGAAGGAUUUACCAGAAAAAGGAAGUGACAUUUCACAGUGGUGUAAAGAUAUCUUUGUGGCAAAGGAUGCCUUGCUGGAGCAACAUCUUGCAACUGGUGGUUUUGCCAACAACGAAUUCCACACAAACAGAAGAAAUAUGAAGUCCUUGUUGGUUGUUUGUACUUCGUCAUGCCUCAUUUUCUAUGGCGCCAUGAAAUUGUUUGAAUUGUGUCCAUUCUCAUGGACAGAGGCGGCAUUCUGUGUAGUCUUCCUCGUCUUAGUCAGUAUCCUUAUGCAGAUUCUGAUUCUAGCUUCCCAAUCCGAACGCUCUACCCCUCCUAAAGAUUCCAAGCCCCCUCCUAAAGAUUCCAAGCCGGGAGAGGUAUUGCGGGAAAAUCUCCUCCCAAAAUGAUUAUAAAAAAGAACACCAAUAUCUACUUAACUCGGCAUUCAUUUGCCUUUAACAUAAUGUUGUAUACAUACACACAUAAUUUUAUUUUGUAGGAUUUAGUUCUUUGUUUCCAUUUUUUUUUAUUUUUUUAAUUUUAGAACAUAUUGUAAAAAUUUCAU